GCGGCCAAUGGAGUGGGGCUCUGGGCGGGCCCCCGAGUGUUUGUGUUGUGGUUUUGGGGGAGGGAUGCGGAGGGGAAAGUUUGUUUAUUUUGUUUUUAGUUUUUGGGGUCCCCGUGCUGCUGCAAGGCGAAACGGGAGGGAGUGACCCCUGCGCCCCUCAGUCCCCCCUACGACGUCGCCUCCAUAGUCUGCGGAGAAGCGGGGACUGCGCGCCUCGCCUCACAGCGAAACGCCGCGCACUCGGAGCCGGCACGGCUCGGCGGGUUGUGGUUUUUUGCACUGAAUGUAACCUAGACUCAUCUUCACGGGCUUGUGUUGCCCCAGGUACUGUCAAAGGCAGUAUUUUUGUGUUUCUGCAGAGUUUUGCACAAAAUCUGUUCCCAUGCAAACCAAUGAGGGAGAAGUAUCGGAAGAAAGCAGUUCCAAGGUGGAACAGGAGGAUUUUGUAAUGGAAGGGCAUGGCAAGACUCCACCUCCUGGUGAAGAAAGCAAACAAGAGAAGGAGCAAGAAAGGGAAGAACAGUUAAUGGAAGACAAGAAAAGGAAGAAAGAGGAUAAAAAGAAAAAAGAAGCCACUCAGAAGGUCACGGAACAAAAAACCAAAGUGCCCGAAGUGACGAAACCAAGUUUAAGCCAACCAACGGCCGCCAGCCCAAUUGGCAGCUCUCCAUCGCCACCAGUCAAUGGUGGCAACAAUGCCAAAAGGGUGGCAGUGCCGAACGGACAACCGCCAAGCGCCGCCCGCUACAUGCCUCGGGAGGUGCCGCCGCGAUUCCGUUGCCAGCAGGACCACAAAGUGUUACUAAAACGUGGGCAGCCCCCUCCACCGUCCUGCAUGCUCCUUGGGGGCGGGGCAGGGCCUCCUCCCUGCACAGCACCUGGAGCAAACCCAAACAACGCACAAGUGACAGGAGCGCUGCUGCAGAGUGAGAGUGGGACUGCGCCAGACUCAACCCUUGGAGGUGCUGCUGCUUCAAAUUAUGCAAAUUCCACUUGGGGCUCGGGAGCCUCCUCCAACAACGGCACCUCCCCCAACCCAAUUCACAUCUGGGACAAGGUGAUUGUAGACGGGUCUGACAUGGAAGAGUGGCCUUGUAUUGCCAGCAAAGACACUGAAUCUUCUUCCGAAAACACCACCGAUAACAACAGUGCCUCGAACCCUGGCUCUGAGAAGAGCACUCUGCCAGGAAGCACCACUAGUAACAAAGGAAAAGGGAGCCAGUGCCAGUCUGCAAGUUCUGGGAACGAAUGUAAUCUUGGGGUCUGGAAAUCUGACCCUAAGGCUAAAUCUGUUCAAUCUUCCAACUCUACUACAGAGAACAACAAUGGACUAGGAAAUUGGAGGAAUGUGAGUGGUCAGGAUAGAAUUGGACCUGGCUCUGGCUUCAGCAACUUUAACCCAAAUAGCAACCCAUCUGCCUGGCCAGCACUGGUCCAAGAAGGAACUUCUAGGAAAGGGGCAUUGGAAACAGAUAAUAGUAAUUCCAGUGCACAGGUUAGCACAGUAGGUCAGACAUCCAGGGAACAGCAGUCAAAGAUGGAAAAUGCGGGUGUUAAUUUUGUUGUCUCUGGCAGAGAACAGGCUCAAAUUCAUAACACUGAUGGACCAAAAAAUGGAAACACUAACUCCUUGAACUUAAGUUCACCAAACCCCAUGGAGAAUAAGGGAAUACCCUUUGGAAUGGGCUUGGGGAACACCUCCAGGAGCACUGAUGCCCCUUCACAAAGCACUGGAGAUCGAAAGACUGGGAGUGUUGGAUCUUGGGGUGCAGCUAGGGGGCCUUCUGGAACUGACACAGUCUCUGGACAAAGCAAUUCUGGAAACAAUGGGAACAAUGGAAAAGAGAGAGAGGACUCCUGGAAAGGAGCUUCUGUUCAGAAAUCAACUGGGUCAAAAAAUGACUCUUGGGACAACAAUAACAGGUCUACGGGUGGGUCCUGGAACUUUGGCCCCCAGGACUCUAAUGACAACAAAUGGGGUGAAGGGAACAAAAUGACAUCUGGGGUCUCUCAGGGAGAAUGGAAACAGCCGACUGGGUCUGAUGAGUUGAAAAUUGGAGAAUGGAGUGGUCCAAACCAACCAAAUUCUAGCACUGGAGCAUGGGACAAUCAAAAGGGCCACCCCCUCCCUGAAAACCAAGGCAAUGCCCAGGCUCCCUGUUGGGGAAGAUCUUCCAGCUCCACAGGAAGUGAAGUUGGAGGUCAAAGCACUGGAAGCAACCACAAAGCAGGAAGUAGUGACAGUCAUAACUCUGGCCGUCGGUCGUACAGGCCCACACAUCCUGAUUGUCAGGCUGUCUUGCAGACUCUUUUGAGCCGAACUGAUUUGGACCCCAGGGUGCUCUCAAACACUGGCUGGGGCCAAACUCAAAUUAAGCAGGACACAGUGUGGGACAUUGAAGAGGUGCCAAGGCCUGAGGGGAAAUCUGACAAAGGAACUGAGGGGUGGGAGAGCGCUGCCACACAGACCAAGAACUCAGGGGGCUGGGGAGAUGCACCCAGCCAAAGCAAUCAAAUGAAGUCUGGAUGGGGGGAGCUCUCAGCCUCUACAGAGUGGAAAGACCCCAAGAACACAGGAGGCUGGAAUGACUACAAGAACAACAACUCUUCCAACUGGGGAGGAGGACGACCUGAUGAAAAGACAACUUCCUCUUGGAAUGAGAAUCCCAGCAAGGAUCAGGGGUGGGGAGGUGGACGCCAGCCCAAUCAAGGAUGGUCUUCUGGAAAGAAUGGUUGGGGAGAGGAAGUCGAUCAGACAAAAAACAGCAGUUGGGAAAGUUCUGCAAGUAAACCUGUGUCUGGGUGGGGUGAAGGAGGGCAGAAUGAAAUCGGGACUUGGGGUAAUGGUGGCAAUGCAAGCCUAGCUUCAAAAGGUGGGUGGGAGGAUUGCAAAAGAUCCCCAGCAUGGAAUGAGACGGGCCGACAGCCCAAUUCCUGGAAUAAACAACACCAACAGCAGCAGCCCCCACAGCAGCCGCCGCCACCGCAACCAGAGGCUUCUGGUUCGUGGGGAGGCCCACCCCCACCACCUCCAGGCAAUGUUCGACCUUCCAAUUCCAGCUGGAGCAGCGGGCCACAGCCUGCAACACCUAAGGAUGAGGAACCCAGUGGUUGGGAAGAGCCAUCCCCACAGUCAAUUAGUCGGAAAAUGGACAUUGAUGAUGGCACUUCAGCAUGGGGAGACCCUAACAGUUAUAACUACAAGAAUGUGAAUCUGUGGGAUAAGAAUUCCCAAGGGGGCCCAGCACCUCGAGAACCAAACCUGCCCACCCCAAUGACCAGUAAAUCGGCAUCAGUCUGGAGCAAAAGCACACCACCUGCUCCAGAUAAUGGUACUUCCGCUUGGGGUGAGCCAAAUGAAAGCAGUCCUGGGUGGGGCGAGAUGGAUGAUACAGGAGCAUCGACCACAGGCUGGGGGAACACGCCCGCCAACGCUCCCAAUGCCAUGAAGCCUAAUUCCAAAUCUAUGCAAGACGGCUGGGGGGAGAGUGACGGGCCAGUCACAGGAACUCGCCAUCCCAGCUGGGAAGAGGAGGAGGAUGGAGGAGUCUGGAACACCGCUGGCUCUCAGGGCAGUGCUUCCUCCCACAACUCAGCAAGCUGGGGACAAGGAGGAAAGAAACAAAUGAAGUGCUCACUCAAAGGAGGAAACAAUGAUUCAUGGAUGAAUCCUCUUGCCAAACAGUUUUCAAAUAUGGGAUUGCUGAGUCAGACUGAAGAUAAUCCAAGCAGCAAAAUGGAUUUGUCUGUAGGAAGCCUUUCAGAUAAAAAAUUUGAUGUGGACAAGCGAGCGAUGAAUCUCGGGGAUUUUAAUGAUAUCAUGAGGAAGGAUCGAUCUGGGUUCCGUCCACCUAAUUCCAAAGACAUGGGAACCACAGAUAGUGGGCCUUAUUUUGAGAAGCUGACUUUGCCUUUCUCCAAUCAAGAUGGGUGCCUUGGGGAUGAGGCUCCCUGCUCUCCCUUCUCCCCUUCUCCCAGCUACAAGCUGUCUCCCUCUGGUUCCACACUACCCAACGUCAGCCUUGGAGCAAUCGGCACAGGGCUCAACCCCCAAAACUUCGCUGCUAGACAAGGCGGUAGUCAUGGUUUGUUUGGAAACAGCACAGCACAAUCGAGAGGUCUGCACACACCAGUGCAGCCACUAAAUUCUUCUCCCAGUCUCCGGGCGCAAGUGCCUCCCCAGUUUAUUUCCCCCCAGGUUUCUGCCUCAAUGCUCAAGCAGUUUCCCAACAGUGGCCUGAGUCCAGGUCUUUUCAAUGUGGGGCCCCAGUUAUCUCCUCAACAAAUUGCCAUGCUGAGCCAGCUUCCACAAAUUCCCCAGUUUCAGUUGGCAUGUCAGCUUCUCUUGCAGCAGCAGCAACAGCAGCAGUUGUUACAGAACCAGAGAAAGAUUUCUCAAGCUGUACGCCAACAGCAAGAGCAGCAGCUGGCUCGAAUGGUGAGUGCACUGCAGCAGCAGCAGCAGCAGCAGAGGCAGCCAGGCAUGAAGCACUCGCCCUCUCAUCCUGUUGGGCCCAAGCCGCAUCUGGACAACAUGGUACCCAACGCAUUGAAUGUGGGGCUCCCAGACCUUCAAACCAAAGGGCCAAUACCUGGAUAUGGUUCUGGCUUCAGCUCUGGCGGCGUGGACUAUGGCAUGGUUGGUGGGAAGGAGGCUGGAACCGAGUCUCGCUUUAAACAGUGGACCUCCAUGAUGGAGGGGCUGCCCUCUGUAGCCACACAGGAAGCCAAUAUGCACAAAAAUGGCGCUAUAGUGGCCCCUGGUAAAACCCGGGGAGGGUCACCGUACAACCAGUUUGAUAUCAUCCCUGGUGACACACUGGGUGGCCAUACGGGUCCUGCUGGUGAUAGCUGGUUACCUGCCAAAUCUCCACCAACAAAUAAAAUCGGAAGUAAAUCCAGCAAUGCCAGUUGGCCUCCAGAAUUCCAACCAGGAGUGCCAUGGAAAGGUAUCCAAAACAUUGACCCUGAAUCUGACCCCUAUGUCACCCCAGGAAGUGUGCUGGGGGGUACAGCCACAUCUCCCAUUGUAGAUACUGACCACCAACUGCUGCGGGAUAACACCACAGGGUCUAAUUCUUCCCUCAACACCUCGCUGCCUUCACCUGGUGCCUGGCCCUACAGUGCCUCUGACAACUCCUUUACCAACGUUCAUAGCACUUCAGCAAAGUUCCCUGAUUACAAAUCAACAUGGUCCCCAGAUCCCAUAGGACACAACCCCACUCAUCUCUCCAACAAGAUGUGGAAAAACCAUAUUUCCUCCAGGAACACUACACCGCUGCCCCGCCCACCUCCUGGUCUGACCAACCCCAAACCAUCAUCUCCCUGGAGCAGCACAGCACCCCGAUCAGUCAGGGGGUGGGGGACACAGGACUCACGGCUCGCCUCGGCCUCUACCUGGAGUGAUGGUGGCUCAGUUCGUCCUAGUUACUGGCUGGUUCUUCACAAUCUCACCCCACAGAUUGAUGGGUCAACCUUGAGAACGAUCUGCAUGCAGCAUGGCCCACUGCUGACAUUCCAUCUGAAUCUAACCCAGGGCACUGCCCUGAUCCGAUACAGCACCAAACAGGAGGCGGCCAAGGCCCAAACUGCACUGCACAUGUGUGUGUUGGGAAACACUACCAUCCUUGCUGAGUUUGCCACUGAUGAUGAAGUCAGCCGCUUUCUGGCACAAGCUCAGCCCCCUACACCUGCAGCAACCCCAAGUGCGCCAGCUGCGGGGUGGCAGUCGCUGGAGACCGGCCAGAACCAGUCAGAUCCCGUGGGACCUGCUCUGAAUCUUUUUGGUGGGUCCACUGGGCUCGGGCAGUGGAGCAGCAGCGCUGGUGGCAGCAGCGGGGCCGAUCUUGCUGGCGCUUCAUUGUGGGGGCCCCCAAACUAUUCUUCUAGCUUAUGGGGAGUCCCAACGGUGGAAGAUCCCCAUAGGAUGGGCAGCCCUGCUCCUUUACUACCUGGUGACCUUCUGGGAGGAGGGUCGGAUUCAAUCUGAACUUAGAACUUUCAACUCUGACCUCGUGACCUUUUUUGGAACAGCAGCAGCACUAACUUGACCUUUUCGUUUUUUUUUUCAACUUGCAAUAAAUACAUUUUUAAAAGGAAAAAAGAAAACGGAGAGAAAAAAAGGUGGGUCAUUGACAGACUGUCUGAGCACAUAGUUGCCUCCCUUAUAACUUCAGUUUUUUCGUUUGGAAUAUGAAUCCAAAAAGAGAACAUAUCACUCUUGAAAUACUUGAAUCAUGAACGCCAACCUAGAAAGACAAUGUGAAGCAAGUACACAUACCAUUUAAAUUUAAACACAAAAAAAUUAAAAAAAUUAGUUUCUA